AAGAGUGGGAGGGACUCGAGCCGAGGGUUUUUCACACCGCAGCCUUCCAGGCAGUCUUCCUCCAGUGUCUGCCAGUCGGAUCCCGAGACUAAGAGCACAGCAGUGCACAGCCCGGGGAGUCAGCCGAGCUAGGACACCUGCGGCGCGGUGCCCCGGUGGUCCUGACCUCGCGUGACCGUACCAUGACGCCGGGUCACCAGUGUCCUUGAGUCGGUAGGAGGAGCAGAUUCUCCUCAGUUCUCGUCAGCACCAGCUGGUCAGCAGGAAACCUCAACAGAGCCCGGAGAGCACCAUGUUCUGCAGGAAGUUUAAGGAUCUCAAGAUCACAGGGGAGUGUCCUUUCUCCUUACUGGCCCCUGGUCAGGUUCCUACAGAGCCUCCAGAGGAGGUGGCAGGAGGCUCUGAGGGCUGCCGGGCCACUCUGCCCAUCUGCCAGGACAUUCCUGAGAAAAAUCCACAAGGGAAUCUCCCCCAAAGAAAGACAAGCCGCAACAGAGUCUACCUCCACACUCUGGCAGAAAGUAUUCGAAAGCUCAUCUUCCCAGAGUUUGAGCGACUGAACCUUGCCCUUCAGAGAACACUGGCAAAGCAUAAGAUUGAAGAAGACAGGAAAUCUUCGGAAAAAGAAGACCUUGAAAAAAUAAUUGCAGAGCAGGCAAUUGCAGCAGGGGUCCCCGUGGAGGCGCUCAAAGACUCUCUGGGUGAGGAGCUGUUCAAGAUCUGUUAUGAGGAAGACGAGCACACGCUGGGCGUGGUUGGCGGCACACUGAAGGACUUCCUGAACAGCUUCAGCACACUCCUGAAGCAGAGCAGCCACUGCCAAGAGGCGGAGAAGAGGGGACGACUGGAAGAUGCCUCCAUCUUAUGCCUGGACAAGGACCAUGACUUCCUAAACGUUUACUACUUCUUCCCCAAGAGAAUCACAGCCCUGCUUCUCCCUGGUAUCAUUAAAGCAGCUGCUCGCAUCUUAUACGAAAGCCUCGUAGAGGUGUCGCUGAUGCCUCCCUGCUUCCGAAGUGACUGCGCCGAAUUUGUGAACCAGCCCUAUUUGCUCUACUCAGUCCAAGUGAAGAGCACCAAGCCUUCGCUCUCCCCAGGCAAGCCCCAGUCCUCGCUGGUGAUCCCUGUUUCGCUCUUCUGCAAGACCUUCCCGUUCCACUUCAUGCUGGACCGAGACCUGGCCAUCCUGCAGCUGGGCAAUGGCAUCAGAAGGCUGGUGAACAAGAGGGACUUCCAAGGGAAGCCCAACUUUGAAGAGUUCUUUGAAAUUCUUACUCCCAAAAUCAACCAGACAUUUAGCGGCAUCAUGACGAUGUUGAAUAUGCAGUUUGUCAUCCGAGUGAGAAGAUGGGAUAACUCUGUGAAGAAAUCAUCAAGGGUUAUGGAUCUCAAAGGGCAAAUGAUCUACAUUGUGGAAUCCAGUGCCAUCUUGUUCUUGGGAUCACCCUGUGUGGACAGAUUGGAAGAUUUCACAGGACGAGGGCUCUAUCUGUCUGACAUCCCAAUUCACAACGCCCUGAGGGAUGUUGUCCUGAUAGGGGAGCAGGCACGGGCUCAAGAUGGCCUCAAGAAGAGACUGGGGAAGCUGAAAGCCACCCUGGAGCAUGCCCACCAGGCCCUGGAGGAGGAGAAGAAGAAGACAGUGGACCUUCUGUGCUCCAUCUUCCCCUGUGAGGUGGCUCAGCAGCUGUGGCAAGGACAAAUUGUACAAGCCAAGAAGUUCAGUAACGUCACCAUGCUUUUCUCCGACAUUGUGGGGUUCACGGCCAUCUGCUCUCAGUGUUCACCCCUGCAGGUCAUCACCAUGCUGAACGCACUCUACACGCGUUUUGACCAGCAGUGUGGAGAGCUGGAUGUCUACAAGGUGGAGACCAUUGGGGAUGCAUACUGUGUGGCCGGGGGACUGCACAGGGAGAGCGACACCCAUGCCGUCCAGAUAGCCCUGAUGGCACUGAAGAUGAUGGAGCUCUCCAACGAGGUCAUGUCUCCCCACGGAGAACCCAUCAAGAUGCGAAUUGGGCUGCAUUCCGGGUCAGUUUUCGCUGGAGUUGUCGGCGUCAAAAUGCCCCGCUACUGCCUGUUUGGAAACAACGUCACUCUGGCUAACAAGUUUGAGUCCUGCAGUGUGCCGCGGAAAAUCAAUGUCAGCCCCACAACAUACAGGUUACUCAAAGACUGUCCUGGUUUUGUGUUUACCCCGAGAUCAAGGGAGGAGCUUCCACCAAACUUCCCUAGUGACAUUCCUGGAAUCUGUUAUUUUCUGGAUGCUUAUCAGCAGCAAGGACCUAAUUCUAAGCCAUGGUUCCAGCAGAACGAUGUGGAAGAUGGAAACGCCAACUUCUUAGGCAAAGCGUCCGGAGUAGAUUAGGGAGCCACGUGCUUAUGGAUUUGACUCCUUUGGGGACUUGCAGAAUCUCUGAAAUGACUUUAGGAUUAUGAAGAUGAAAAGUAGUGUUAAAAUUUCAGGAAUGAAGUCCUUGUCUCCUUUGCCUCCCACUUAACAUAACAAAAAAAGUAUACACUUCAGCAUUUCUAUCCUCUUCUAUUUAAGAAACAAACAAACCUCAAAGGUGACUUUUGAGGACAUAGUCUUGUGCUAGAACAAUCACUACCUGCACUCCAAAUCCAGCACAUUGUACAUAUCCCAGGCAAUUAUAGACAGGUUCAACUGCAUAAAGUCAUGGAUUCACCUACCGCUGUGCCCAGUGCAACGCCGUGGUUAUUAAAUUGUAUUUGUGAUAGUGUCGCCUUUAAAAUACAAAAGUGACAGUGUUUAGUUCUGUAGGAGCUUCUGGCCUCUUCAAAGCUGCACCCGAUUCAGUUUCCUCUUAAGCACAGAUUCUGUAGCAAGCAGACCUGCACCUUCUUUUCAGCUACUUCUUUGUGUGUGUGUAUUUCUUUUCUUUUCUUGCCCCCCCUUUUUUCUUUUUCUUUUUCAUUAGAAAAUAAGCAAUUAGACAUUCGAUCAAAUGUGGUAUAAAAUAGUUCUGCAUUUAUCAAAGAAUAUCUUCAUGUUUAACAUUAGAAACAUUCUCCAUAGCACAAUAUAUCAUACAACAAAUGCUUUUUGUUUUGACUCUAUAUGUGGCAAAGCCUAGUUUAUUUAACAAUGAAAAUUUACUUCCUAUUAAUCCAUGUAAAACAUACUAAUAACAAAAUUUUCAUAAUAAAAGGCUUACAGGCUGACUUAAAAUGUAACAAUCUAAUAUAAUUAAGGCAUUGCGACAUGGAUUAGAGCUUGCAUACAGAGAGCCUGCCGAAGAACGCAGUGGUAACGUGUUCUCACACAUACAUGACCAAACGAUCCGCAGCUGCCAUGUUGAGCCAUGAAAUCCAAGGAGGAAAGUUUUAGCUCAGAAGUAGAAAACGAGACUUACUUUUAUCCUUUUUGAUAGCUUCUUAAGUAUUUCUGCUGACCAUUUUAGUGUCUGUGUAAGAAUUAAGUUUUGUAUUAUUUGGUGUACAUCUGUGAAGCUUUUAAUCUAGUUAAAAAAUCUUGAUAGUGUUUUCUAAAGAAACCACUAAUACUAAUGGAGAAAACCUUACUGCGGUUCCUUUGUGGAAAUCUCUAAACAUUUUUCUGGAAUCUGAACUAAUUUCCUUCCCCUCCCAUACCCUCCCCUCAAUCCCCCUUCCUUCCAUCCCCCUUGUGCAUGUGUGUGUGAUUCUGGGGAUAGAGCAGAUGGCUCGUGCAUGCCAGACAAGGGCUCUGCUAUUGAGUGACUCUGUCGUCAUGGAUCUUGGAUUUUAUUGCUGCUGAUGUCACUUUAUACUCUCUCCCAACUUAAGUCCCAGUGUUCAGUCUGGUAAAGGAUACGACUUUAAAACAAGAUCAACUUUAAGGCAAGAGAAAGAUGCAAGUCGGGUUUUUGAAUCAGUAUUAGCAGAGCUAUAUACAGUCUGACUCUUUUUUUUUUUUUGCAUGGAUUUGAAAAGAAAAUCCACUUAAAAGUCCUUUACUACCUCCACUAGUCUCCAGGCAUCAAGUCUAGUAGUCACUAUUUGCCAAGCCUCAGUUUCCCCGGGGUACAGCUAAAACACUCCAGUGGGUUUCUUCGAAGGCUGGUAGUGUCUCAUUAAACAUGCUCUUUCUCUUUCUGGAGCUGAAAUUCGUUACAAGGAACGUAAUAGGAAUUCUACCGGCAAUUAGAAGCACCAGACAGGGCAUCAUUCUCAUCACCUGUGUAUACAACAAGUUGCUGUGCCAGUAAUAAUCUGAUUCAGAUGCUUGCACAUUAAUUAGAAUUCCAACCGGUCUUUUAGGGACAGAGAUACAGCUCAAUGGCAGAGCCAUCGCCUAGCAUGUAUGUGGUUCUGAGUUCCAAGCCAAGCGGUGGGAAGAAGCUGCAUGUAUCUUUCAUGUGUAUAUGCUAUAUGAUCACGUUCACCGCUGUCACCUGUGCCACCUGUGUACACCUGGAAAAAAAGGGAAGGACUGUGGAUAUCCAAGUAAAAGAAGCAUGGACGCUCCAUGUCCGCGUCUUGUAACUUUUCUAUUAUUUUGGCAUUUUACUAAAUAAAAAUAUUAUCAAAAAUUA